AUGGACAGCAAUUCCAAACCACCCAAACAUACUCAAAGUUUGAUUGAAAAAUACCAAAUACCGAUAAAUCAUUUCGAUUUCAACUACGUAAACGAAACUACAAACGCGAACGAAUUGGAGAAAAUAAUUCAAGUGCUUUUAUCUGGCGAGGAGGGUCAUUACCCCGAAUUACUAAAAGCCAGUGAGGACCGACUACGUGAAAUCAAGCCAACGAGUAAGCAUUUAAGAGUAAGUUCAUCUCUACUACAAAAAGGCGAUUUAAAAAACAACGAACUUGACGUUAUAACAACCGAUUUGCAAAACUGGCUAUCGACAGUGUCAGACGCCAAUCAGGAAUUGACGCAAAUGACAGGCAGUGCAACUCGUUGCUGUGUCGAAGUUCGAAAGAACAACGUCGAAACACAACCUUUGAAGCUAACUAAGAAAAUUGAGAAAACAAUCCAAGCCACUGACUAUAGAGCAUGGGACAGAUACGACCCGGAUACAGAAAUUAGCAAAAUGGAUUUGGAAGAAGAACGUAUCAAGUCUGCGUUCAAAUCUCAAAAGUCGAAAAUCGUGCCUCAGGUUACUUUCAAUGAAUUUCAAACCGACGCUGAAGCUAGAUUCGUGACAAAUCGCGAAAUGGAUAAAGGUAGGGAGUACUUUAAAUCCGGAGACUACGAAGAAGCAUUGCAGUGCUUCACCAACAGUGUUUCGGGUAGCCCCACCAUAAUAAAUUUGAAUAACCGGGCGUUGACUUACUUAAAGCUGAAAAGAUUUCCGGAAGCUUACGAUGACUGUAAAAAAGUACUCGCCAUCGAUUCCAAAAAUCUUAAAGCGUUAUUGCAAAUGUCCCAAGCUCUGGAGGGGAUGGCCCAAUACGAGGAAGCAUUCGAUUGCAUUGGCGUGGUAAUCGAACGGGAUCCCAAUAACGUCGAGGCACAGGAUCUAGCGAAUAGAGUCAGGAAGUUUUGCAGAAAUAUUUUAAGGAAUACUAGGAUGAAAAUUGUCGAAAUAGAAUGAGUACCUAAAUUUGUUGAAAUAUUUUAUCUAGAUAUUAUUGACAUGACAAU